AAUCAAUUUAGGGCAAGAAUUUAUCUAAUACUCAUAUUUUUAAUGAAAAAUUUAAUAAUAUUAUAAAUUUUUAUUUUUAUAUUUGAUAAACACAAUUAAUCCUUGCGGAUUUGGACAAGCAAAUGGAUUAAAGGUAAGCCAACAUGGGAUUUCGGACUUGUAAAAUUUAGAGUGGCUGUCUCUCUCUCUCUCUCUCGGCCCUGCAUGUAAACUUGCGUGCGUGUCGCAAGACUCAAAUCUAAGAUUGGUUUAUAGCUCCUGAGUCCUGUCAUGCUUAAGAAGCCAUAUUCGUGGCCUAGAUGGUUUCCACGGGACUACUGCUACCAGAAUCCAAGAGAUUGAGCUCCUAUAACUGUAAGGUGCUUUCCCUGUGAAUCCUCCAAGCUCCAACGCAGGCCACUUCUUUUGCUUCCAAAUGAGAGCAGGUGGCGGGUUGCAGAUCUGCUGUUUAUAAACAAGGUCUGAACCAGUUGAAGUUCGAAUUGAAUCCUAACUUGACAGGAUAAAAUUUAGAUCUGACGGGAUUCUAUAUAAGAAUUUAGAGCACAGUGGUAGUAGUCUCUUGGUAUGGUCCUGAUUCUGUAUUGGUUUUAUUCCUCUGAUUUCCACUGGGUCUAAUGGAAUUCAAAUGAGUUUCUAAAAGCUUAUAUUUAAUGUUUGCGUUCCUAAAUGAAAAGCUCAUAUCUUGAGAGUGGAUUCCAAUGGACAAGUAAAGAGAAGGUAGUAGGCUUAUUGAAGGCUUAAGGAGACAGUCAGGAGUUUGAGCAUAAAUCAUUUCGUACAUGAAAUUACCAUUUAGAAAAAUUCCCCUUAAAAACCUUGCUUCUCUUACUCUAGCAGCCUCCCAACCUUCGAACUGCUCCCACCCAAAUGUCAAAAUCUGUAUCGAUGCCCGAAUUAUCAAAACUGGUUUUGACCCAAACACUUCUCGAUCCAAUUACCGGGUCAAGAAUCUUAUUGAAAGCGGCCAGCUAUCUGAAGCACGCCAACUGUUCGAUCAAAUGCCUCAUAAGAACACUGUCUCAACAAACAUGAUGAUUUUGGGCUUCGUAAAAGCGGGCAAUCUUUUUAUUGCCAGACAACUUUUUGAUAGCAUGGUUGAACGUACUGCUGUGACAUAUACUAUCUUGAUUGGCGGGUAUUCACAUUGUGAUCAAUUUAGAGAAGCGUUUGAGCUUUUUGUUGAUAUGCAUGGGGGUGACACCAGGCCUGAUUAUGUGACUUUUGUAACUCUUUUAUCAGGGUGCAAUGACCCCCAAAUGGUGAAGGGAUUAUUUCAACUUCAUUCCCUUGUUGUUAAACUGGGACACGAUUUGGCCCUUAAAGUUUGCAAUUCAUUGGUUGAUUCUUAUUGCAAAACACAUCGCUCAGAUUUAGCUUAUCAGUUUUUUAAGGAAAUGCCUGAAAGGGAUUCUGUUACUUACAAUGCUUUGAUAGCAGGAUAUGCAAAAGAAGGAUUGAAUGAAGAAGCGAUAAAGCUUUUCAUGGAGAUGCAAAGUUUGGGACUUGACGUUUCAGAUUUUACCUUUCAAGCAGUUUUAGGUGCGGGUAUUGGCUUAGACGGUAUAGCAUUUGGCCAACAAGUCCAUGGUUAUUCAGUGAAGACCAAUCUUGUGUGGAAUGUAUUUGUGGGGAAUUCCUUGCUUGAUUUCUACUCAAAGCAUGAUUGUAUAAAUGAAGCUAGGAAACUUUUUUAUAAGAUGCCAGAGUUGGAUGGUGUUUCUUACAAUGUGAUGAUUACUGCCUAUGCAUGGAUUGGAAAAGUAAAAGAAUCUAUUGAUCUUUUCCGAGAGCUGCAGUUUACAAAAUUUAAUAGGACAAAUUUCCCUUUUGCAACCAUGUUGAGUAUAGCAGCAAAUACACUAGACUUGCAGAUGGGCAAGCAACUUCAUUCACAGACCAUUGUGACAGCAGCUGAUUCAGAAGUUUUGGUAGCAAAUUCUUUGGUUGACAUGUAUGCUAAGUGUGGACAAUAUGAGGAAGCUGAAAGGAUAUUUGUGAAACUGAGCAGUAGAAGCACAGUUCCAUGGACAGCUAUGAUCUCUGCUAAUGUUCAGAAAGGACGUCUUGAAGAAGGCCUAAAAUUUUUCAGUGAGAUGCGAAGAGCCAAUGUAAGUGCUGACCAGGCUACUUUUGCCAGUGUCUUAAAAGCCUCAGCAAAUGUGGCUUCAAUUUCAUUGGGGAAACAGCUGCACUCCUGUAUAAUCAGAUCAGGAUUCAUGUCAAAUGUUUAUUCUGGAAGUGCACUCGUCGACAUGUAUGCCAAAUGUGGAUCUGUAAAAGAUGCAAUUCAAACUUUUGAAGAGAUGCCUGAAAGGAAUGUAGUCUCUUGGAAUGCACUAAUCACAGCUUAUGCUCAAAAUGGGGAUGGUGAGGCCACUCUAAGAUCAUUUGAAGAGAUGGUUCGGUCAGGUUAUCAACCAGAUUCAGUUAGUUUCCUUUGUGUUUUAUCAGCUUGCAGCCACUGUGGACUGGUCAAAGAAGGAUUGCGAUACUUCAAUUCCAUGACUAAAGUAUAUAAACUUGUUCCAAAGAGAGAACACUAUACGUCUAUAGUUGAUGUGCUAUGUAGGAGUGGACAAUUUGACAAGGCCGAGAAGUUGAUGACUCAAAUGCCAUUUGAACCUGAUGAGAUUAUGUGGUCAUCAGUUUUGAACUCUUGUAAGAUUCAUAAGAACCACGAUUUAGCCAAGAGAGCCGCACAACAACUCUUCAACAUGGAGGUGAGGGAUGCUUCUCCUUAUGUCACCAUGUCUAAUAUUCUUGCAGCAGCAGGUCAGUGGGACAGUGUUAGGAAGGUAAAGAAGGAAAUGAGGGAACGUGGACUUAAGAAGGUUCCAGCUUAUAGUUGGGUUGAAAUUAAGCAUAAGGUCCAUGUAUUCUCAGCAAAUGAUAAGUGCCACCCACAGAUGAAGGAAAUCAUGCUAAAAAUUGAUGUGUUGUCAGAGCAAAUGGAAAGGGAAGGAUACAUGCCUGAUACGAGUUGUGCACUUCACAAUGUGGAUGAAGAUGUUAAAGUUGAAUCGCUUAAAUAUCAUAGCGAACGCAUAGCAAUUGCUUUUGCGCUGAUCAAUACGCCAGAGGGAUCACCCAUUCUGGUGAUGAAGAAUUUGCGAGCUUGUGCAGACUGUCAUGCUGCAAUCAAGGUGAUAUCAAAAAUUGUUGGAAGGGAGAUUACAGUUAGAGAUUCAAGCAGGUUUCAUCAUUUUAGAGAUGGGAUUUGCUCUUGUAGGGAUUACUGGUAAGCUAAAAAGAUUUGAAGAAGCAAGUUCCUUUGCCCUUCCUCAAAGUUACUUGGUGAUGACUGAUGAAUAUUAACAGAUCAUUUUGGAAGGCAACUCCUAUUUACCCAAGACCAUACUAGGUUGGCCCUGAAAAGAGAGAGAUUUACAGAACUAGUUUGGAAUUGGUAAUGAGGCUUAAUGAGAUAAGUGUCUACCCCAAGAAUCAGCAAGAAAAUCUUGCAAUGAAUCGUACACUUGGAGCCUCCAAGUUUGGCUAUGAAUCAAAAAAAAAUACAAACUGGGUUUACAUUUUAUGUUAUGACAAAUGAUUUAUUAACAAUUCAAUUACUACUUAGACAAAUCUAUAAUCAAAUUGAUCGGACAUACAGAAAGCUCAUUGUAAUUAUGUGAAUCAUGCAUUUUUAUCGUCGAAGAUUUGCU